CUACGAUUUUACAGAGAGGAGAGCGAGGAGAGAAUGGCGGCGGAGGUGCUCGCUAUGUACAGAGCGCUUCUUAGGGCGACGCGGAAGACGUUCGACGGCGACGCGCUGAUGCUAAGCCAGUCGGCGGUGGAGAUCCGACGUAGAUUUGAGGAGAAUCGAGCCAUCUCUUCGGAGGCGGAAGUGAAAAGGCUCGUCGACGAGGCGCGCGACGCUUCCCACUUCAUCACCCAUAUGAUCGUGCAAGCCAAGAGAAGCUCCAAUGGCGGCUUCGUAGUGAAACCUGGUAAAGAUCAUGCUGGCGCAACCUUAGAGAUUCCUUCCGAAUAGAUUAACCCCAAGUGAUCCAGAGGAACUUAGAAUUUGGUAGCUCUACAUAACUGGCAAUCUUCCAAGGUUUCAGAUUUAGGCUUCGUUUGGGACGGCUUUCUUACUGCUUCUUACAGCAGUUUUUUAGUACAAAAAUUUUAAUUUUUGGGCUUCGUUCGGGAUGACUUUCAUAUUGUUUUUUAAAGCAAUUUUUUAUCA